UGAGUACUCAAAAAAGUGAAAGCAGACAAUAAACUAUAACGCAUAAUUUCCAUUUGUGUGUAAAAUGUGGUUCACGGCGGUACCGAUCUGCCUGCUCUCGGUUUUAACUGUUAGUUUAGCCCAUAAAAACGUUCUACUUCUGCUUGCGGAUGAUGGUGGAUUUGAAAUUGGUGCUUAUCGCAAUCGGAUCGUACAAACGCCAUUUCUGGACGCGUUGGCAAAGGAAAGUUUAAUUUUCAACAAUGCCUACACGUCGGUCAGCAGUUGCUCACCUUCGCGGGCUUCCAUUCUGACCGGGAUGCCGGAGCAUCAAAACGGAAUGUACGGGCUGCAUAAUGGAGUGCACAAUUUUAAUUCACUAAAAACGGCUAGAAGCAUUUCGACCUUGCUGAGUGAGAACGGCGUGAGGACCGGUUUGAUUGGAAAGAAACAUGUCGGCCCGGGUGAGGUGUAUAAGUUUGACUACGAACGAACGGAGGAGCAAUUUCCGAUCAAUCAAGUUGGGCGGAAUAUAACGAAGAUAAAAUUGCUUGCGCGAGAAUUUCUGCUGGAGAGUAAAAAUACCGGUAAGCCUUUCUUCUUGAUGGUUUCGUUCCAUGAUCCGCACCGUUGUGGACACAUUACACCCCAGUAUGGGUCGUUCUGCGAACGUUGGGGAUCUGGUGAGGAAGGGAUGGGUUUUAUUCCGGAUUGGCAUCCGAUCUACUAUGUUUGGGAUCAGAUUAUGUUGCCUUACUACAUUCCCGAUACGGAACCAGCUCGUAGAGAUGUGGCUGCUCAAUAUACGACUAUUUCACGCUUAGAUCAAGGGGUUGGUUUGAUUUUGCAAGAAUUAAAAAAUGCUGGCUUAGAUAAUGACACGUUAGUUAUCUAUACUUCGGAUAAUGGGCCACCACUGCCUGCAGCUAGGACUAAUCUUUACGAUCCUGGGAUGGCUGAACCCAUGUUCAUCCAAUCUCCAGAUCUUAAGAGUCGAAAAAAUCAAGUAACUUACUCGAUGGCUAGUCACCUGGACCUAGUUCCAACGUUCCUCGACUGGUUCAACAUUUCCUAUCCGCAGGGUUCCGCAGAUAGCAAUGCUAUUGAUAGAAACGUUCAACUCACAGGAAAAUCCCUUCUACCUUUACUGUACGUGGAACCUCCGGCUAAUCCCGACCAAGCAGUGUACGCCUCCCAGUCAUUCCACGAAAUUACGAUGGCCUAUCCUAUGCGAGCAAUUCGCACGAAACGAUUUAAGCUCAUACACAAUCUCAACUACCAGUUGCCAUUCCCAAUCGAUCAAGACUUUUACGUGUCGCCAACGUUCCAAGAUAUGCUGAAUCGCACGCUAGCCCAUCAGGAUCUACGCUGGUACAAGACUCUGCAGCAGUACUACCAGCGACCCGAGUGGGAAUUGUACGAUCUUAAGUUGGAUCCAGCGGAAAGGAAAAAUCUUAUCGGUAAAGCAGUCGCUAAAGAAACGUUUGAGAAGCUUAAAAAGAAACUGUUCCAGUGGCAAACCCUAACGGACGAUCCGUUCCGUUGUAUGCCCGGUGCCGUAUUACUAGACACCGGCGAGUAUCGUGAUAAUGCCACCUGUCUUACGUUAGGGCAGUGAAUGGUAGCACGAAGUGCCUAGGUUUGAAAAUACUCAUGUUUAUUUUUAGUGAAAAUGUUAAAUUGGAUUGUUUAGGUGUUGGAA